UAAUAUGACCAUAAAAUGAAUUUUGUUUCUUUCAGUUUGUGGGGACAUUCAUGGACAAUUCUUUGACUUGAUGAAGCUCUUUGAAGUCGGGGGAUCUCCUGCCAACACUCGCUACCUCUUCUUAGGGGACUAUGUUGACAGAGGGUACUUCAGUAUCGAAUGUGUGCUGUAUUUGUGGGCCUUGAAAAUUCUUUACCCCAAAACACUGUUUUUACUUCGUGGAAAUCAUGAAUGUAGACAUCUAACAGAGUAUUUCACAUUUAAACAAGAAUGUAAAAUAAAGUAUUCAGAACGCGUAUAUGACGCCUGUAUGGAUGCCUUUGACUGCCUUCCCCUGGCUGCCCUGAUGAACCAGCAGUUCCUGUGUGUACACGGUGGCUUGUCUCCAGAGAUUAACACUUUAGAUGAUAUCAGAAAAUUAGACCGAUUCAAAGAACCACCUGCAUAUGGACCUAUGUGUGAUAUCCUGUGGUCAGACCCCCUGGAAGAUUUUGGAAAUGAGAAGACUCAGGAACAUUUCACUCACAACACAGUCAGGGGAUGUUCGUACUUCUACAGUUACCCGGCUGUAUGUGAAUUCUUACAGCACAAUAACUUGUUAUCUAUACUUCGAGCCCAUGAAGCCCAAGAUGCAGGGUACCGCAUGUACAGGAAAAGCCAAACAACAGGCUUCCCUUCUCUAAUUACAAUUUUUUCAGCACCAAAUUACUUAGAUGUAUACAAUAAUAAAGCUGCAGUAUUGAAGUAUGAGAACAACGUUAUGAAUAUCAGGCAAUUCAACUGUUCUCCUCAUCCAUAUUGGCUUCCAAAUUUCAUGGAUGUUUUUACUUGGUCCCUGCCAUUUGUUGGGGAAAAAGUGACUGAGAUGCUGGUAAAUGUCCUCAACAUCUGCUCAGAUGAUGAACUAGGGUCAGAAGAAGAUGGAUUUGAUGGUGCAACAGCUGCAGCCCGGAAGGAGGUGAUCAGGAACAAGAUCCGAGCAAUAGGCAAAAUGGCCAGAGUGUUCUCAGUGCUCAGAGAAGAGAGUGAGAGUGUGCUGACGCUGAAAGGCUUGACCCCGACUGGCAUGCUCCCCAGUGGAGUACUUUCUGGAGGGAAGCAAACCUUGCAAAGCGCUACUGUUGAGGCUAUUGAGGCUGAUGAAGCUAUCAAAGGAUUUUCACCACAACAUAAGAUCACUAGCUUCGAGGAAGCCAAGGGCUUAGACCGAAUUAACGAGAGGAUGCCGCCUCGCAGAGAUGCCAUGCCCUCUGACGCCAACCUUAACUCCAUCAACAAGGCUCUCACCUCAGAGACUAACGGCACGGACAGCAAUGGCAGCAAUAGCAGCAAUAUUCAGUGACCACUUCCUGUUCACUUUUUUUUUUUUUUUUUUUGAGCUGCAGGGCAUGAUGGGGAUUGCUGCAUAUCAGCAGUUGGAUGUUCUUGCCUCUGACAGUAGCUUAUUUGCUCUGGGGGCCAGGAAUUGGAUUCAGUUUACACUAUCAUUAAAAAAGAGGGAAAGAGAUAGUAAACUAUAUUUUGGUGGGGGUGGUGAUUAAACACCUCUUUUGGGUAUGCCUUUUAAAAAUGCUUAUAGAGAAAAAAAAAUUUAAAAAGAAAGCUAAUGCUAGUAUAUACUGCAAUGUUAGGGGAAUGAACAUGUUUUCCUACUGCAUUGGGGACUUCUAGAUAGGUUAAUGAAAGGCCUUUUAUUCUGUUACUGGACAUGAAAACUUUGUCUAAUUUCUUACUCUAUUGUACGUUUACAGUCGCAGCACUAAAAAUGGAUGACAUCAAACAUUUUUAACAAAAUGAUGUACAAACUAAGGACUAUUUAUUGAUAAUGUUUUGCUACUCUUGUCAGACAAUGGCUAUAAACUGAAUUAGGCAGUCUUAAAAAAAAAAAAAAAAAAAAAAAAAACAGAAAAAGAAAAAAAAAGAACGUUGCAAAUUUGUUAAAAUGCCAAAAAGACAGUUUAAUUUUGUACAGAUUAUGCUUACCUCAGGUUUCUUUAGUGUGCUUGAAUGCCCUUCUUUCCAUAUAACACUUAUCUUAUUAAUUUGGCAAUGAGUAUCUUUUCUUUAAGUUUAAAAAAAAAACUGGAAUAAUUACAUCUAUCUUUUUUUGCUGUUUAUAUUUAGGGGUUUUUGUUGAUAAAAUCAAGUCUUGGUUGUGGCUUGCUGAAUUAAAUAUUUAUGAGUGGUGCAUUUUUAAGUAUAGUGAACAAGACACCAUAUUAAGUACAGUGAUAAAGCAUCUAUAUUCUGUAAAAAAAAAAUCUGCCUAUGCAUGUUUUUUAAGAAAAAAAAAACGGCUGUAUCGGCCUGUAUGGGACUGUAAUGCGCUUAGUGGUCUGACAUAUACUGGAAAUGUAUGUAUACUGGCGUACUUUAUAUUCUCUAAAAUGCUUAAUGCCUUUGAAAUUUUGUAAUCAAAAAAAGCUUUGAAAAAAUCUAAAGGGGAGAGUAUUCUUUAAAGUUUUUAACAUAAGCUUGUCAGUGCACAUGUAGAUGGUUAGCAUGUUUAGCAAACCUUGUGAAAUUAUAAUAAGUUUGUAGUUACAUGUGAAACUCUAAAUGCAUGGUAACUGUUAACGUCAUAACAGUUUAGUUAUUUUGUUCUGUUCUGUCAUGUGCCACAAAAUAUGUACUUUUUUCACUUUUUUCCCUUUGUAUAUCAGUUACGGGUUACAACUGGUUCAUUCUGAAAACAACAACAAAAGUCCAUUCAUAUUUUUUAACAAUUGUAUAAGUGCCCAAGUAAUUCACUACAGCCUAAAGCCUUGCCUUUGUAAUUUGACUUCUGACAUGUUGGCAAUCAAAGCAUGCACUUGUAACAAUGAAAAAGAAAAAGCAUUUUAUAUUACUACUCAAUAAAAUGUGCAUGAACUUACAGAAUUCUCAUCCUUCCACUGAGUCCGCUGAAGGGAUUUAUGUGCACAACCACCAUGUGUCUUCUAGGUGCUGGCCCACCACCACGCAUCACAGUUUGACUCCAACAGGCUUCUUCCUAGGGGCCUCGUGAUCUGAGGGGUGGUGCCUACUUCCACUGUAAGAAUCUUGGUGGAUUUGUGUCUCAAAUCAGAUAAGAGAAGUCUAUUUAAAGAGCAGAUGCCAUCUUCUGGCUUCCUUGAAGAGCCAGUUAAGAAACCAGAGCAUUCCUUUUUAUUGAAAACUAAAAUUAAUUUGUUAUCAGGUUGUUUCAGUUGUAUUGGAUGCCCUAUCUGCUAAAACAAAAAGUACUAGGCUACUAAGUGCAUUUUCAUUACAGAAGAGAGUUGCAUUUGUAUUAUUAAGAAAAUUUGUAUUCCCACGCUUCAGCUACUAUCUAAUCACCCAAAGAUUUAAGACACAUCCAAUUUCAGUUUGUUUCUAACAUUGUUCAUCUUCAGUGCACUUUGUUUUGUAAAAUGAAGUAUGCCUGUUAUAUUAAACAAUAAAGAUAUGGCAAUUAGUGGUAUAGCAUCCCAAAACAAAGAUGUUCUAGAUAUAGUCUGGCAAAGACUAUCCCAAGUUUAUUUUAAUUAAUCCAGACAGUUUUUUCCUGUGGAUAUUUCUCCGUCCUAAAAAAAAGUGGCAACCAAGGAAAAUAUUUAGAUGCAACUUACUAGAAUGAUGUGAAAGAAAUGGUGAUUCUGGUAUCAUUGUGUUUAUUUUCUUUCUUAUAACUGCACAGAAAAUAUCCUGACUAAAAUUCAUUUUUUUGGAUUCCUUUCUUUUACAAAUUGUGCUGAGGCAACUAUGGCAUAGAAAUAAACAUUUGACAUUAAAAUAA